CUCGGGGAGGCAAAAGUUCGAAAAAAAUUAAAAAUGUCGCUCCGAAGUCCCACCUCCUAGUCCCGCCGGCGACUUCGGCAGCAGUUUUAGCAAGGCAAAGCAAUGGUGGAUUUCAAGAGCUCUGACAUCAGUCUCUGGAAACAGGCGCUAGAUUGUUACCCUGCCCGGAUAGCUUCUGUCAACAAGCCCAACCUUGUAUCCCUCGAUGAAUUCUACCGCAUCGAACUUCCUUCCGCAAUUCACCGGCGAAACCCUAACCCCUACAUCACCACUCCCGAGCUCGCGAAGCUGAUGCAGUGGAAGCUCUCCCGUGGGAAAUGGCGCCCCCGAUUGCUGGAUUUCGUUUCGUCUCUGGACGAGGAGCUCGUGAAAUCGGCUUCCGGAAAGGCGUUCGAGUCGCUCCCUGACCUAUCGAAAGCGGUCUCAGCCCUCACGGUUCUGAAAGGCGUCGGUCCGGCCACCGCGUCCGCCGUUCUCGCCGCCUAUGCGCCGGAUGUCGCCCCCUUCAUGUCCGACGAAGCUAUGGAGGCGGCUCUAGGUAACUCUAAAGACUAUACCUUGAAGCAGUAUCUGCUGUUCGCUGACAAACUGCACGCUAAAGCGAAGGAACUAAGCACAAUUGGCGAUUCGUUCACAUCCUCGGAUGUAGAAAGAGCCUUGUGGAGCUCGAUUACACAAACCAAGCUCGAUUCACGUUCAGACAUAUCCUCCAGGACUAAGACAAGUCAAGGCAGCAAGAGAAAGAGGAAACUUUGAUGAAUUUAUUCAUCACUUGAUGGCAACCUAACCGUAGGUCUUAACUUUUUCGGCUUAAGGUUUCAAUACACCUAAAGGAGGACUGGAGGAGGUUGGAAUUUAUGGUGGUGACGGUGCUACUGCCUGUACUCCUCCAUUGUUGUGGAGUUGGCGGAGGUGAUGCUCUUGGCUCUAGUUUGCCGGUUGUUGGCCAUGACAUCCGGUUUUUGAUUUCGUAUGUGUUAUUUGUAUCAUAGAAACAGGCAUCUAUCUGAGUUGUUGAAAGAUGGAUUCUGAACUCUAUUAGGGGUGGGCAAUGGGAGCAGUCGAACCGCACCGCGCAGCAAUCAUCUAAAACAGAUCGCGCCACAUUUGGAAUGCAAUCAUAUCGGUGCGAUCGAACCGGAAAUAUGCUGUUUCUGUGCGGUGUAGAUCCAAAACAGCACCGCAAACACAAUCAAAAAACGAGGUACACAUCUGGAGUAAAAUUGCGACAAAAAUAUAAAGAGUUCUACCCUCAAAAACUUCCUCGACCGCUGGGGAAGUCUGAAGCAGUCCUGAUCAAUGGUCAGAAAGCCAAAGGUGAUGGCCAUGACGAGCCGCCCUUCACCAUGAUGCCAGGGAAAAUUUGUACUUGUUUCGGACUGAAACGUUUCGCCUGGUUUGCUCUCAAUCCUUGAACAAAUGUACAUCCAGGCGAAUUCAGGUGAUCGGAGGAGUUCGAAAUGGUAUGGAUUCCAGUGCGGGCUCGUCAAUCUAGCAGACUGCUUCUGUUGGGAAGCAGUUGGAAAGUCUCCAAUCAAGAAUGCGUUGAUACUCUGUCAACCGCCCUUCUGCCAUUAAAAGGUUAGCGAUUGUGUUCAUCACGGAGAAAUGGUAUCCCGGUGGUGCUUGAUCCACAUGGCAGUUUAGUCUCCCCAAUGUCCUGCACAUGAAAUGAAAUCGAUUUGGGCAG